AUGCUGCUCUCUCGACGUGCUUGCUACAAAUGUGGCAACAUUGGCCACUACGCUGAGGUCUGCUCUUCCUCUGAGCGCCUUUGCUACAACUGCAAGCAGCCUGGACACGAAUCCAGCAGCUGCCCGCGCCCUCGUACUACCGAAACCAAGCAAUGCUACAACUGCCAGGGUCUCGGCCACGUUCAGGCGGACUGUCCCACGUUGCGCCUCAACGGCGCGAACGGUCGUUGCUACAACUGCAGCCAGCCUGGCCACCUUGCUCGUAACUGCCCCGCUCCUGCUUCUGGUGCUCCCCGUGGCACAGGUGCUCCUCGUGGGGGAUUCAAUGGUGGUUUCCGCGGUGGAUAUGGCGGUUACCCUCGCGCUGCUACUUGCUACAAGUGCGGUGGGCCGAACCAUUUCGCCCGUGAUUGCCAGGCUCAGGCUAUGAAGUGCUACGCCUGCGGGAAGCUUGGCCACAUAUCUCGCGAUUGCACGGCCCCCAACGGUGGUCCCCUGAGCUCCGCUGGCAAGGUCUGUUACAAGUGCUCUCAGGCUGGUCACAUCUCUCGGGAUUGCCCCAACAAUGAGGCUACCGCAGACUCUAUUCCCGCCGCUCCCGUGGCCGCCACUGGUGUUGAGACUAGUGCGGAUGCUUCUGUUGCGGCGGCGGCACCUACCACCGCUGUUGCAUAG